UAGUACUUGUGCAAAUUUCACUUUAGCCUCGAAGAACCUUUGUAUUGUGAACGUUGUUGGCUCCUUUCAUAGUCAGUUCCUUAAUUUCUUCAUUCACCAAAUUCCUUUCUUGGAUUAUGCAGUUUUAGAUCAAAUUCCUUUCUUGGAUUAUGCAGUUUUAGAUCAAAUUAAACACUAAUUUAACUCAACAUAAUCAAAUCUAACUGUUAGAAUUGAGUGUUUCUGCAAAAAAGAUUGAAUCUUUUUGUUUAAUCUGUGCUGUGGUAAGCUUUGAGUUGACAGUGAAGCAAGAAUCCAGUUGGGUCAUUGCUCAUGCCCGGUUCCAAAUCCAAAACCCUAACAUCUUUGUUCCGUGCCGCUACUAAAUUAUCAAAGCAAUGGAAACCUGUUUCCCCUUCAACUUCAGCCAAUGGUGUUGCCCUAAAACAAUAUGGAUCUCCAUCUUCUAAACCCUCUAAUGAUUCUUCUAAGUCUCUCAGUGAAAUAGCUGCUGAAAGUUUCAACUUUAAGUCUGCUGCUGACUAUGGGGAAUCAUCAAAACUGUUGUCAAGUGAAAUAUCAUCGAUACUCUGUGGGAACUUUCGUUAUGUACACAGCUUUCCUAACUCCUAUGACGAGCUAGAAGGUGAUUUAGAUUCUUAUUUGAGCGAUCCAGAAGAGAGUAGUAAUGCAAGUUGCUUGGAAAAUGUAUUGGAUGUACCAUGGUUAUCAAAUGUAGAAAAAUGCAGCAUUUCAUUGCGGCGGAAAGAAAUAGCACGAGAAAGGAAGGAAAAGUGGACCUUCAAGAGUUCUCAGGUAGGUCGUUUCCACCAGUUAGUUGAACAAUGUGCCUGUAAAUUGGGGACUGAUACUACCAUUAAGGUGUUUGGUAAAUUGGGACGAGAAACUGGCCUGAAAGAAUAUAAUGCGCUGAUAAGACUCUGUAUAGAGAAGGCCAGAGAAAGUAAUGAUGAAGAGGUGUCGUUGAAGCAGCUUUCAAAGGCAUAUCAACUACUAAAAUCAAUGAAGGAACAGGGUUUUCAAUUAAAAGAGGAGAGCUAUGGUUCAAUUCUUAUGUAUUUUAUUGAUUUUGGCAUGGUACAAGAUUUUGAUUUUUACUGUGAGCUCAUUACGGAUGGAAAUGCUGAUUCACUUGUGAGAUUAACUUACUAUGAGAUGUUGCUUUGGGCUAAGGUGGAAAAUGAAGAUAAAAUAGAAGAACUCCUCUACCAUCUUUCUCUUUAUGAUGGUGCUGAUAAAUCUGCCUUUCAAGAAAACUACCUCUUAGCACUGUGCGAAAGUGACCGAGUUGAGGAUUUUGUGAGGGUUCUAAGAACUAUUGACAUAACAAAAGUUUCAUCUAUUGAUUUUGUCGCAAAUAUCUUCAAGUUCUUGGGGAAGUUGCUAUUGGAGUCCUUCGCUAAGAUAUUUCUUCAGGAGUUGGUAACAACAGGUAUUGGAGCAAAAGACAUCUCAAAAUUCAUUUGUAAUUAUACAAUUAGCAUGCCAAGUGCGGUUGAAGAUGUCAUCCUUGAAUUCAAAAAUUUACAUGCGGAGUUGGAGCUUAGGCCAACAUUUUCCCAGUAUGAGAAGCUUAUUCGGUACUGUUGUGAGUUAUUUAAGGUACAUGCUGCAUUAGAUAUGGUUGAUCAAAUGUUUGAAGCAGGUUUGACAUUAUCGUUGGAGACAUUUAAUUCCAUACUUGAAGCCUGCGAUAAAAGCCGUGAGUAUAAUUUGGUUCAUCGAAUGUAUCCAAUGAUACUUCGUCAUGAUAUCAAGCCAAAUAGUGAGACCUUCAGGAUUAUGAUAAACAUGACUGUGAGAAUAAAGGAUUUUGAAGGUGCAUAUGACAUGCUCAAGGAUUUGGAGAAGUUUAACUUGAUGCCUACCACAAACAUGUACAAUGCCAUAAUGGGAGGAUAUUUCCGAGAGAAAGACACUCGUGCUGCAUUAGGGGUUCUCAAACGAAUGGAAGAUGCUAAUGUGAAGUCAGACUCUCAGACUUUCAGCUAUCUGAUAAGCAACUGCACGAAUGAGGAUGACAUAUCUAAGUUUCUCGAUGAGAUGAAAGAUUCUGGAGUUCAACUCACAAAGCAUGUAUAUAUGGCCCUAAUAAAUGGAUAUGCAGCUUCUGGACAGUUUGAAAAGGCUAAACAGGUAAUCUGUGAUCAAGGAGUAUCUGCAAAGGGUUUCAAUGAAAUUAGAAGUGUGCUUAUUUCAGCUCUUGCUUCACAUGGGAAAAUAUCAGAUGCCCUUGAUAUAUAUAAGGAAAUGGAAGAAGCUCAAUGCAAGUUGGAGCCAAAAGCGGUCACCUGUCUUAUUGAAAAUCUUCAAGCUGAAGGAGAUUUGCAUAGAUUGCUCAACCUACUUGAGCAAUUAAAUGGCCUCGAUCAAUGGGUGGAUGCCUCCUAUAGGGUCAUAACAUAUUGUAUUCGGAAAAAUCAUUUCAGAUCUAUUGUCGACUUGCUUAAAAGGCUGGUAGAUGUAUACAAGUCUGAUGAAGUGGCUAAGGAAGUUCUAUUCGAUGAGGUUUUCUACCAGAUUGCGGAACAAGACCCAAUAAAUUUACAGUUAGGCUUGGAUCUCCUUCAGGCUAUUAAAAAAGAUAUUGGUCUCCUCCCUUCACGACAAAGUCUUGAUUUCCUCCUCAGUGCUUGUGUCAAUGCCAAAGAUUUACAAGCUUGUUAUCUGAUUUGGAAGGAGUACAGAAUAGCUGGUCUUCCUUACAAUAUUUUAAGUUAUGUGAGGAUGUAUCGAGCCUUGUUGGCAUUAGGGGACUACAAAUCUGCAGCAAAUAUUCUCAAUAAUAUACCAAGGGAUGAUUUUCAUGUUUGCAAUGUAGUCAAAGCUUGUCAAACAGCUUAUGGAACGUCUGCCUCCGCAAAAGGGAAAAAGAAAGAAAACAAGACUGGGAAGAUUGUGACAUAUAAGAUGUGAAAAGUGGAAUUCGUAGGGGAUUUAGAAAAUUCUUCGCAGUUGUAUGAGAUCAACAUUUUGCAGUUCAUGUAGAUGUACAACUUUUAGUGUUGAGAACUCGUUCGUGCUUUAAAGUUGCCCUGAGACUAACAGCAAGUUGGAAGUUGAUCAAGAGACGACACUUCUUUCGACUUCUGGUAUCAUGCCUUAAAAAAGGUUGGUGUUCCUUCUGAUCUUGAAAGAGAAACAUAUAUUCUGUAUGGCAUAGAAAGUGACGGACUGCAGCGUAGAGAUGUUUAACAAGCUUUACGCAUACAGAAAAUGCUUCGUGGUGUUCGAAUAAUCUAUCAGGGAGAACAACAAUGAAGAGAAAUUGAUAAUCCUUUUCUUUAUUGCUCAAAGAUGUUGCCUCUUUGAACAAUUUUUAUUUACUAUAUUCAGAAAGUAUAUUUCAAUUGUACUCCUUGAUAGUAAAGAUGUAACGAUUAUUGAUGAUUUUUUGUAAUACAAUAGGAAAAAUUUCAGCUUUUGGCCAAAAA